AUGAUAGACGAAAUUCAUUUAAAACCUAGCUUUGACUUUAAGGGAGGAAAUGUUGUUGGGUCAGCAUUUGACUGUGAUGAUGCAGCAACAAGUGCACAUACAUUUAUGAUUCAAAGCAUGCAAUCAAAUUACAAAGAAGUUGUACACGUUUUGCCGGUAAAAUCCAUAGCAGCUGAAACUCUGCAUGCAUUUAUCAAAAAGGUUGUUAUGGGAUUGGAAGAAAUUGGCUUCAUGGUGAUUUCUGUUGCAACUGACAACAAUUCCAUCAACCGUAAAGCAAUGUCAUUUUUUGCUGAUCCACCUCAAUUAAUGACAGCUUAUAAACACCCGUCAGAUCCCGAAAGGCCUCUUUUUUUUUUUGAUGUGGUUCACAUCUUAAAGUGCAUCCGCAACAACUGGCUGAACCAAAAGAGUGAGGGACAAUCGAUGUAUUACCCAAACUUUGAUUCUGUCAACUCAUCGUCUAUUAAAAAACUGGACACUGCAUGCUUUAAGACCUUGAGAGCUAUGCAUGAGUUGGAGCAUGCAAAAAUAGUCAAAUAUGGCUAUGGACUGACGCUCAAAGCGUUGAAUCCAACAAAUCUUGAGCGCCAAAAUGUAAAGCUUGUAUUACAGGUGUUUAAUGAACACGUAAUCGUAGCUCUGAAUGAGCUCGGUGAAAAGCACAAUUUGCCUUUCCACAAAGAAACUGCCGCCUAUAUAAAUAUUAUUUUAAAAUGGUGGUGGAUUGUCAAUGUGAAAACUCCUGAUAAAGGAAGAAGGUUGAAAUACAGCUUGAUGUAUCCAUUAAGCAAUGCACCUAAUGAUGAACGAAGGAUUUUUCUGUCUCAGUUUAUUACAUGGCUCAAUAUUUGGCACCUUUCAUCUGGAAGGUUAACACCUGAAACACAUUCUGCGCUCCUUCACACAAGUUGUGCACUUCUAGAGAUGUCAACAUACUGCAUCGAGAAACUGAACAUGAAAUAUUUUCUUACUGGCAAAGUUCAAACAGAUUCAUUGGAGGAAAGAUUUGGGAAAUAUCGAAUGCUGGCAGGAUCGCAAUACAACAUAUCGAUUCGUCAAUUGUUUGAAGCUGAAGCAAAACUGAGGAUGCAGAACUAUUUACCUUUGACUUUAAAGUCCGGAAUGUUUGGAGAAGUAAAAAUUUCUCAGCUAAAUUAUCAACCUGCAGAUGCAAGUGUACCAUUAGGUUCUCAAUGCUAA